AACCGAAUCCAAGAAAUUGCCUUCAGUUAGUGAUUUGACUUGAUAAAUCUGCACCAUCAACUGUUGGAGAAAAUCCUCAAGCUUCUCAUCAUGAUAUCCAUUUGGUUGCUUGUCCUACUUGUUGGUCAAUAUGUUGCAAUGGAAAAGUCGCAUCCCCUGCCUCCAACUUCAAGUAUUGGCCCGCCAGUGCGUUCAGCUCGGGCCGGAUUUCGAGGUGAAGAUCCCCCCCACCUUUCAUUGCACGCAGCCGACACGAUCGAUGUAAAAUCAGACGAAGGAUCUUCUUCCAUCGCAGUGCAGCAACCUGGUGAGACCGCAACUGACUAUUAUGGAAGACUGUCCGAACAGCAAAAACAAUACGGGGCGACCACCGGGUCAAAAGUUCCGGCAUAUCAAGUGCAACAAUCCACACGAUUCCCUAUGGCAAUCGCCAUACACGAGGACCGAGCUCUAACUAGAAGCCGUGGUGAUGUUGAUGCCAACUGUUGUGCUAUACUCAUUACUCUCGGGGCUUUGAUCCUCCUAGGUAUCAUCCUCCUGGUCCUCCAUUACGGCUUCCAUGUCCCGUUCGACUCAGGCGAUGGCGGUUAUUACGGAGGCUACAGGGGCUACAGGGGCAGCAGCGGUGGACGUGGUGGAAAGUACGGAUUGUAGUAUACUACCCCAAGCCUACAAACACUUUGGCCAACAAAUCCAAAUGUCAAGGCUUGGAAGUGUUGGUUAAUAUUUACUUUUGAAUCCUACAUCUUAUCUUUCUCCUUUCCUCAAUUUCACAGGCUCGCCAAUCUGUUACAAGUGAUUCCUUUUCUUGUAUCUUUCUCAUGAUUCUUUUUUCUUUUGAAGUUGAGGGCUAUCAUCCUUGCACCGUUCUAUUUUUUUUAAAAUAUCCAUUACUUUAGAUGACUGUUUUGCUGUAUGCUACAAGUGAUUCCAUUUGUUCCAUUCUCCUCGGAUUCCUCAGCGCAUGUUUGUUCUCUCAACGCUUAGCUGAUGACCUCACAAUCUAAUUUCUUUAUCUCUGCUAUUUUCCUAGUUUCCGUUUUGACUUGCACCUGCUUAGCAGGGCACUUGCAAGUUUUUUCUAUGACAAUCUUGGCAGGAGAUGCAGGAACUUGCAUAAUUGAA